AUGAGAAGAUUGAAGAUUGGUAUUAGGCCUCAACUUAUCAUCCUUGUUGGGUUUGCUUCUUUAUUUUCCUUACUCAUUCUUGCCAUAGUAACUGGGGUCUACUUCAGCUCUAAUUUGUCGAAUCUUCGAGCGGAAAGACUUCAGGUUAUAUCACAAUUGAAAACUACCCAAAUUCAACAAUCAGUUGAAUACAUAUACUAUCAGAUUUAUUGGUUGAGUAACAAGGAUACCGUUUAUGCUCCGCUCAACUCACAUGUUGCUGGUAAUGGGACCCAUGGGAUCUUUGCCGAUGCUCAACAAACGUUGGAUCAAUUUUUAACUUCAUCGGAAUUGUUUAGCGCUGCUCGUCUUUAUGAUUUAUAUUUGGACGUGGUGGCUGAAUCUUAUAAUAAUGAAACUUCUAUCUCAACCCCAACCAUGGACUAUUUAUUCCCAUUGUCUGCAAAUACAACCAUUCCUUCUAGUUUAUUAAACACUACAAAUCAAGCCUCCGGUUACGGUUAUGUGACUGGUCCAAUGUCUAACUCAUCAGAUGUUCUCUCAACUUACUUCAUUGGUAUUACGGUCCCUGUUUACUCAAACUCUUCCAUCAUUUUAUCAGAACCUUCAAUCUCGGGUUAUUUGACCGUAUUGGCAAGUGCUUCGAAUAUUCAAUCAGCAAUUUAUGAUCCGAGAUCCUCUCAAUCUGAUGAUUCUUCUGUAUCCACAAAAACUAAGUCCUCAUCAACUUCAACCACUUCAGAUUACUAUGUGGUUGCAGUUAAACCGAUAUUCGAAACUAACUCUUCGUCGGGUUCGGAUUCCUCGCAUGACAAACUUCCUAUUGGAUUCGAACCAGUUUUCCCCACGGAAAGAGAUUUAAUUAAAACCAAUCAUGUUUAUGGUAUUAACUCAAGUGACGCCAUUAAACUAGCUUUAACUAAAGAAACUGGCUCUAGUACUAAAAUUAAAUCUUACUCUGAUCAUUGGAUUGCAAUUGGUUUCACUCAAAUAAGAUUGGAUGAAGAAACUUAUUGGUCGGUUUUAAUUGAACAACCAAGAUCUAAAUUCUUAGAACCAAUUAAAAAAUUAACCAAAAUCAUCAUUGGUGUGGUAAUUGGUAUUGGUGCUUUUAUGUGUUUGAUCACUUUCCCAUUAGCAGUUUUCUUUGUUAGACCCAUUACUAAAUUAAAAGAGGCUACUUUUGCUAUAACAAUGCUGAAAAAACAACAUAAAAAACAUAUGAAAGAAAAGGAAUUAUUAUCAGCUACUACUUCAGAAUCGGAUACUUCUAUCAAUCACCAUCAAAAUUUUGGAGAUUCGUUAAAAGUUCCCCCUUCCUCAAAUCCCCCAAUCAAUACUUCGGUUUUAUCUAAAAGACACAGUGUCAAUUCUACAGAAUCUUGUAAUAAUUCAUCAGUCUAUUCAACUGGUAUUAGAUUACCAAGCAAGAUUCCAAAUUCAAAAAAAUUCUUCAAAGAUGAAUUAACAGAAUUAUCAGAAGCUUUUAAUAUUAUGAUUGAAGAAUUGGAUAAACAAUAUACUCAUUUAGAAGAUCGGGUUAAAAUUCGUACUAAAGAAUUAGAGGCUUCCAAAGUCGAAGCUGAAGCUGCAAAUGAAGCUAAAACUGUUUUCAUUGCUAAUAUAUCCCAUGAAUUAAGAACUCCUCUUAAUGGUAUAUUAGGUAUGACUUCAAUUGCAUUGGAAGAAAAAAAUCAUGCUAGAAUCCAAGAUUCCUUAAAAUUAAUUCAUAGAUCGGGUGAAUUAUUAUUACAUAUAUUAACUGAAUUAUUGACUUAUUCAAAAAAUACUCUUAAUCGUUCUAAAUUAGAAAAAUCACAUUUUCAAAUUUUGGAAAUCGCUUAUCAAGUUCAAUCAAUUUUUGGUAAAUUAGCUUCUGAUCAAAGAGUUAAAUUAAAUUUAUCUUUAAAACCAAAUGCUAUAAGGAAAUUGUUUUUAUAUGGUGAUUCAAAUAGAAUUAUUCAAAUUGUCAUGAAUUUAGUUUCGAAUAGUUUAAAAUUUACUCCAGUUGAUGGUUCAGUUGAUGUUAGUUUCAAAUUACUAGGUGAAUAUGAUUUUAAUCGUUCAAAACUUGAUAAUUUCGAUAAAGUUUAUAUCUUGAGAAAUUCGAAUAAUUCAUCUUCUCCUCCGAAAACUUCUCCAACUUCUGCUAAAUCAACUGCUACCACCACCACUACUGCUAAUAAUACCUUUAAUUCAACUCCAAUUCCGACUCCCGUAACUGCAAAUACUUCAAUCCCUCAAAAUCCAGAAUCCGUCAACAUUAAUAAUCCUAAUACUAAAUAUUAUCAUAACAAAACUACUCCUGAAACUCCCGUAUCAAAUGAGUCCAAUCCUAAUAAUCAUGAUAUUGAAUUAAGUACAAUAAAUUCAAUUAAGUCCAUUAACAAUGAAGAAGUCUCGAGAAACUCACAAUCGGCCUUGCGUCCAUUUUCUUCAAAUUCUUCAAGUUCGAGACCAAUGUCACUUGGUUUAGAGGAUGAUAAUAUCAGUGUGGUUACAUUAUCAACAGCUGAAUAUGAAAAUACUAUUUUCCAAUCUCAGUUCAACCGUAAUAGCUUGAUCCGUAGAGCAAGCAAUAAUCACAAACCAUUGCCUGAAAGACCAAAUAAAAGCAUUCAUAAAGACAUUAAAGAAUCAGAUACUGAUGAUGCAAAUAAUAAUGAUGAAAAUCAUAAAAGUGUCGUAACUAAUGGUAACAAUCACAUUAAUGGACACGCUGAUUCUGACAGAGCCAAGGAAGAUUCAGACAAAACUGUUCACGAAUCUGAUACAAACGAAAAUCCAACUACCCCAAAAACUGAUACCAAUCUGAAUUCAUCAGAAGAAACGGUUGAUGAGAAACCAAUGAAUGGAAAGGCCAAUAAUGUACAACCACCCAAAGAAAAUGUCAUUCCACCAACACCUCCCUCAAAACUUACCGAAUUAUCUCGUGAUGAAUUACUUCGUGAACAAAAAGCUGAAUUAUUACCUCCUAAAAAAGCCUGUCCUCCUCCUAAAAAUAAUAGUAAUGUCUCAUUAUCAACAACUAUGACAAAUAGUUCCAAUAUGUCACAAACUUCAACUUUUUCAAAUAGCGAAAUGGUGAAGAACAAUAAAGUGUUCAAGAUGAGAAACUUGUAUGAACCAAAAACCUGGGUUUUACAAAUAGAGGUUAGCGAUACUGGUCCAGGUAUUGAACCGGCUUUACAAGAGAAAGUCUUUGAACCUUUCAUUCAAGGAGACCAAACUCUCUCUAGAAGUUACGGUGGUACUGGAUUGGGAUUAUCUAUUUGUAGACAAUUGGCCAAAAUGAUGAACGGUACAUUAACAUUGAAAUCGACAAUUGGCCAAGGUUCAACUUUUACAUUUACUGUUCCAUUACCACAAACUGGUGAAGUUUUAGUACCUGAAAGUGAAAUGGAUGAAUUUUGUGAUGAUGAAUUCAAUCCAAAAUCUAAAGUUAAUAGAAAAGUUGCUUUUGAUAUAUCCGAUGAUUCAACCAAUAGUGAACAUAAUGAAACUGAAACUACAAUUCAUUCGAGUUCUUCUCAAACUCAACCAGGUGUAUUCCAAUUUAAUUCAAAUGGAGAAUCUUUAUCUAACUCUGAAAUGAAUAGAGACAAAGAUCAUGAAUCAUCCCACGAUAGUGAAUAUGAACGAGAUCAUGAAUCGGAAACUCCUAUAGUAAAAGUUGAAGAUAAUUCAAGUACUUCGAGCCAUGGUUAUAGUUUCAACACCAAGGCAUCGAAAGCUUCAUCUGAUAGUAAUGAUACUAGACGAUUUAAACAUAAGUUAGAGAUUCCUUCAAGAACUGCAUUAUUUGAAAAGCCACAUUUGAUUGCUAGAUCAUCUACAGGAACUGCAAAUUCUUCCAAUACUACUGAUAAGACCGAUCAUAACUUAUUAGAAGAAAUGGCACACUUGAGGAUUUUAGUUGCUGAAGAUAACAUGGUUAAUCAAGAAGUUAUUAAAAGAAUGUUAAAAUUGGAAGGAUUCCAAAAUAUUACAAUGGCUUUUAAUGGUGCAGAAGCAGUUGAAUUUGUUAAAGAAUCUUAUGAAAAAUUUGAAUUAUUUGAUUUAAUUUUUAUGGAUAUCCAAAUGCCAAAUAUCGAUGGAUUAACUGCUACCAAAAUGAUCAGAAAUAAUUUACGUUAUGAUAGACCAAUCAUUGCAUUAACUGCAUUCGCAGAUGAAAGUAAUGUUAAAGAAUGUCUCAAUUGUGGUAUGUCUGGAUUUUUGGCCAAACCAAUCAAGAGAACCAAUUUACGUAAGAUUAUUAAUGAGUUCAGUCCAUCUCUAUUAAACGAUAUUAUCACCACUCCUCAGACCAAUCAAAGUGAUGAGAAAAGAUUAGGAUAUGGAUCGGGAUCAGAAAUGACCCGCGGUUCCGUCAAUAGCAUCAUUGACGAUGCUCAAAAAAGCGAUUGUUAA